AUGCUCUUCGCCGAAGACGACAAGCUAGUCUUUCGAUUUGACGACCAUCUCCUUUGGAUACAGCCAUGGGGCGAGAAUGCGUUUCGCAUCAGAGCCACAAAGCAGGCAUCCAUGCCGACUGAAGACUGGGCUCUGUCUGAAAAGACGAACCUAGCCCAGCCACCGUCAAUUGACAUCCAAGCCGGCAAGGAUGCCAGCAUCUCCAAUGGCAAUAUCAAAGCAACGGUCUCCCACCGCGGCAAGAUAAUCAUAUACGAUUCCAAGGGAAACAAACUUCUGGAAGAGUACGCACGUCAUCGCCGCGAUCCGACCGACCCGAAAUGCAGCGCUUUGGAGGUCGAGUCCCGCGAGCUGCGGCCAAUUCUGGGAGGGGACUUCCAUCUCACGAUGCGGUUUGAGUCGCUGGACCCCAAGGAGAAGAUCUUCGGCAUGGGCCAGUAUCAGCAGCCCUUCCUCAAUCUGAAAGGGGCCGAUCUCGAGCUAGCGCACCGCAAUUCCCAGGCCAGUGUGCCGUUUGCUGUUUCUUCGCUCGGGUAUGGCUUCCUGUGGAAUAAUCCAGGCCUUGGGCGGGCUGUGCUAGGGACAAACACCAUGAGCUUCGAGGCAUUUUCGACAAAGUCAUUGGAUUACUGGGUAGUUGCAGGCGACACUCCGGCAGAGAUUGAAGAGGCCUACAGUAAGGUGACCGGUCACGUUCCCAUGAUGCCGGAGUACGGACUGGGCUUUUGGCAGUGCAAACUUCGCUACUGGAACCAGGAGCAGUUGCUUGAAGUGGCGCGUGAGCAUAGGCGACGCAAGGUUCCGUUGGACGUCAUCGUCGUUGACUUCUUUCACUGGAAACACCAGGGAGAAUGGAGUUUCGAUCCCAAAUUCUGGCCGGAUCCAGACGCGAUGGUCAAGGAGCUCAAAGAAAUGAACGUCGAGCUAAUGGUAUCAAUCUGGCCAACGGUCGAGAACCUCUCAGAGAACUACCCCGAGAUGCUCGAACGAGGACUCCUAAUCCGGCACGACCGUGGCAUGCGAGUCGCCAUGCAAUGCGACGGAGACGUGACGCAUUUCGACGCGACGAACCCCGAAGCCCGAAAGUACAUCUGGGAAAAGGCCAAAAAGCACUACUACGACAAGGGCAUCAAAGUCUUCUGGCUAGACGAGGCCGAGCCCGAGUACUCCAUCUACGACUUCGACAUCUACCGCUACCACGCCGGCAGCAACCUCCAGAUCGGAAACAUCUUCCCGAAGGAAUACGCACGGGGGUUCUACGAAGGAAUGGAAGCAGAGGGACAGACCAAUAUCGUGAAUCUACUACGCAGCGCAUGGGCCGGCAGUCAGAAGUACGGCGCGCUGGUGUGGAGCGGCGACAUCGCGUCGUCGUGGGGCGCCUUCCGCAACCAGCUGGCCAUUGGCUUGAACAUGGGCCUGGCCGGUAUCCCCUGGUGGACAACAGACAUCGGGGGAUUCCACGGCGGCAACCCAGACGACCCAGCGUUCAGGGAGCUAUUCACGCGGUGGUUCCAGUGGGGAGCGUUCUGUCCCGUGAUGCGCCUGCACGGGGACAGGGAGCCCAAGCCAGCGGGGCAGCCGACGGCCGAGGGAGGCGACAAUGAGAUCUGGUCCUACGGGGAGGAAAUCUACGAGAUAUGCAAGAAGUACAUUUUCAUCCGUGAGGAGCUUCGCGACUACACGCGAGGUCUGAUGCGGGAGGCCCACGAGAAGGGCACGCCGGUCAUCCGCACCCUCUUCUAUGAGUUUCCGCAAGAUAAGAAAGCCUGGGACGUCGAGACGGAGUACUUGUACGGCUCUAAGUAUCUCGUUGUGCCGGUUCUCGAGGCCGGACAACGCAAGACAAGGGCUUAUCUCCCGCAGGGAGCGUCGUGGAAGCUGUGGGGGGAGGAACGUGUUCACGAGGGAGGGCAUGAAGUGGAGGUUGAUUGUCCGAUAGACACGAUGCCAGUUUUCGUUCGUAUCUAG